CCGCCUUGUUUGUUCAUGCUGCCGCUGGAGCUUCACCUAUGCUCUGACUGACGCAUGCCCACAUCCUCGCUCCUCCUCUCUCCACGGUCCCCAUGGUAACGCACGGAGGAGAGCAGCUUAGCAACACCGAGACGGAGAGUCAGCAUCUCUAGGUCCAGACAGCACGGUGCCGUCGAUAAUACUCACAGAGGGCAGCAAGAGGAAAACAGCGGAGAUUCUGGCAAACAUCUUCUGAACUCAAAAUGAAGUUCGUGGUGGUGCUUGUGGGAGCGGGCACCCUGGCCUUCCUCGGCGCGGUCAUCUGCAUCAUCGCCAGUGUUUAUCCCCGGAAACGCGCCGCGCCUCUCAGCGACAACAGCACCCUGACAUCGGAGUCGCUGCUCCAGCCGCUGGAGUCCGGAUCGGUGGCCCAUGCCGGCCCGCUGGGCGCUCUGCACGGCGCCGAAUCCUACGGUGAAGGGAACGGGCUCGGCGCCGUCGGCCUGGAGGUUCCCACUCUGAACGAGCUCAACCUCGGCGGGGAGACAGGCGGGGGGUCCGCGAAACAGUUCAGCUUCAGCAGGUUGAUCUGCACACCUGUCCCGGUCGGAGAAUGCAAAACCAAAGACAUGAGGCAGCGGCGGGAGCAGCAGCAGCAGCGGCAGCAGCAAGCCGACGACCCGCUUUACGCAGCCGGGGAUGAAGACUGGACUUACCUCCGGACCACCGCUGAGGAGCUCCGGCAGAUGGUCCUGCAGCAGAACGACCAGAUCCUCAUGGACCAUCGGACCAUCCGGGAGCUGACGGGGAAGCUGAGUGAGUGUGAGAGCGGCCUGGAGGACGAGAGGAACGUCCCGGAGCGGAGCGUCGGCGUAUGGAGCGGCAACCGUCGGGUCAUGGCCGGGGAUGAUGUGAGCUCCUCCGCCGCGGCGCAGCUGCAGACGGCGCGGGCCGUGGAGGAGCUGGCCAGGGCCAUCAUGGACCUGAAGGACCGCAUUGAGAAACUCGAGGCGGAGAUAGGCCCUGCUGCCCUCAACCUCACCGACACAUCUGCAGGUACAAGCGGCAGCAGCAGCAGCGGCAGCGGCAGCCCAGCUGGUACCACCGGCAAGGGUCCCUCCCCACCCACCAGCAGUGCCUCCUCCUCCCCUGGAGCAGCUCCCCCAGGAGGUCGCCGCCCCGCCUCCCCCGCUUCACCCGCGUCCAAGUCCCCAUCUAAGUCCUCCCCUGGUCGCUCAAAGGGCACCUGGAGAGUGGAGGACCUGGAGGGGGAGCUGGAGAGGAAGAUAAAGAUGCUAGAGAAGGAACGCCAGGCCAUGAGAAAGGAGACGCAGGGUCAGCAUGAGAAGAUCAACCAGGGCAUCGACAGCGUCAGCCACCGCGUCAGUGAGCUGGAACACACCCUGACAGAGCCGUCGUUCCCCGAUGGCUUCGUGCUCUCCUUCCCCAUGCGAACCAACUACAUGUACGGCCUGGUGAGGAAAGAGAUAACAGAGAUGUACGCCUUCACCGCCUGCGUGUGGCUGAAGGCCAAAGAAGGGGGCAUCGGCACCCCCUUCUCCUACUCCGUCCCGGGGCAGCCUAACGAGCUGGUGCUGCUGCAGGGAGUGCACAACCCUGUGGAGCUGCUCAUAAACGACAAGGUGGCGCAGCUGCCCCUGACCCUCCCACAGGACGAGUGGCAGCACAUCUGCGUCAGCUGGACCCUGAGAGACGGGGUGUGGAAGGCCUACCAGGGUGGAAAGAUGAAGGGGAGGGGAGAGGGACUGGCUGCCUGGCAUCCCAUCAAACCAGGAGGAGUCCUCAUACUGGGACAGGAGCAGGAUACACUGGGCGGCCAUUUUGAUGCGUCCCAGGCCCUGGUAGGGGAACUGUCCCAGUUCAACCUGUGGGAUCGGGUGUUGAAGCCGGCAGAGGUGGCCGCCCUGGCCGACUGCAGCUCCUCGGCGCUGGGCAACAUUGCCCCCUGGACUGACCUUGACGUAGAUGUCUACGGCGGUGCCACCAAGGAGUCCCUGGACCCGUGUCACGCUGCAGAGCGAUCCAACCCCUCCAGUCCCAAACAGUGAAGGGUGACUGGUAGAGGUCAGCCAAGGGCGGUCGAUUUACCAGACGAUUUAGCAGAUGUAUAACGACGUAUUACAUUGGGGUUUACAGUAUAUUUGUUGGGGAUGGGAAGCUUGCUGGUGGGCUCAAAUAUGUGAUGGAGCUAUUAAGCCAUUAAGAGCGAUGUAUCUGUUUUGUUUUUAGUGUUGGUGUCCACACUCAUGUGUUUACUUCUGCAGUGAGAUACAGUGAGUUUAAUCACAGAAUCCCCAUAGCGAAGGCUGUGCGGGUGGAUCAUCCCAUGGCACAAACAGGACUCUCAUGGAGGCGUUCCAUAGUAGGUGUAUCAUCGGCUCUGGUUAAAUGGGUUGGAGCCUGAGGGGCCAGGUGACCAGUGAUGCCAUAUCUGAGGGUUUCUUAAUUUUACAACAAAGUGACUCAGAGUUCACGUCCUUCCUCAUCUUGUGUCCAGUGGAUCGUGUUUCAUGCUAAAACUGAAUUCUAAGAGGCUCUCGUGGUUAUAUUGAUCUCAGCACUCAAUGGGAAACAAAAUCACUUUUGUUCAGUUCUAACUGUAUAUGAUCCUGUUGACUAACGUUUGUGUACGUUUGAUUUUUCUACAUUGCAUACCAUGACUUGGUAAAACCGUGGUCUUAUAAAUGUAUAUGGUGUAAUGUUUCUCUGCUAAUGUUGCUCUGCUGUGCCCGUCUGCUCCACCCAGCUGUAGCCUCUCACAACACCACUCACAGUCCUGCAGAGUUAUGUUAAACUAAAUGUGCUCUCAGCUGACCUCUGAAACAAACACUUGGCGUCUUUCUUCGCACCAUUCAGACACUGAAACUGUGACAAACCUGAGUGAGUUUGCUGGUCCCGUGUUGUCUCCCUGAAUGUAAACCAGGUGGAAUGUAGGUGUAUUUGCAUGAGCAACGUCACAUUUCCUGUCACUAAAGAAACAAACUCAAAAUGUGUACGUGACAGUGUUGGUGUCCCCAAGCUGCCCCCCAUACACACACACACAAACACACACACACACGUCUCUUCGGUAAAUCGGAUCCUCACAGAAUACUUGACAGGGAGGGGGACACUAAAGACCAGAACAAGCAGAUUUGGUAAAUAAAUAAAUAGGAACUUCAAAGCUGGCCAAAAACUGCCACUAAUAACUUAAAGCUACAAAGGAAUUGAUGUUUACGUCAUGUGGGAUUGAGGAUAUGAAAAGGAAAGGUUUCCGUGGUGACCGCUUUCAAACUUGUUUUUGAAAAGAAGUGUAAUUUUGCACUGUGAAAGCAAAAGCAAAGCAAAGUUGGUUAUGAGGCAGUAAAAACAGUGAGCAUGAUCAAACUAACACUGAAUUAGGAUUCUUCAUUACUGUUACCUUAAAUUUUUGUUUGCAAGUAAUUUAUGUUACUUUGAUUUUACAUAUUAUUUACCACAGUCCCAGUUAUAUUGAACCAUUUAAACAGUCCAGAAUCACUCAGCUGGUAAUGUAAACUGUAUUUAAUAAACAUAGGCAGCAACCUCCAUAUAACACACUAAGAUGCAUUGCUAUGUUUAUCCUGAGGAGAACAAAAAUACUGUGUGAUGUGUGUGUUCCUGCUUAGAGCACCUCAAUGUAGCCACACUUUCAGUCAGAGGAGCACCAGGUGCCGUCUCAAAACACGUGACAAAGCGAAACAUCUCGUCAGUCGCUGAAAUUAAUCACAGAAGUUGUCCCGCUGCCUGAUGGAGGUCAAAGUGUUGGCCAAGUGAUGGUUGAAUCAGAGGCCGCAUACUGUUGAUUAGUUAUCUGCUGUAAAGUGGGCAAAAUUGAUCACCUUAAGCUGUGAUGUUAUGUUCUCCAGAAUCUUAAAUCAGAUUUAAUUUUCAGUCUCAGAUGAUUUUCACAAGAAAGUUUGUAAUUCGUGCAGAUGAGCUCCCCCUCCCCCGCUGUCAAGAGUGAGGGUUCAGUUCCCACUAUGGCCAAAUGUAAUAAACAAGAUGUGAUCCAGUCAACACUGUGCAUAAAGUGAACUGUGGUUUAAAUCCAGUCAGUGCUUCUGUUCACUUAUUACCUCAAGACAUCAGCCCCACAUACGGUUUGACACCCAGUUGUAAAGUGCCUGCUUGGGCUCUCGUGCCCGAAAUAAUAGUGAAAUGUUUUUAUGUUUUCUUCUUUGUCGUCUCUUUCUUCUUCUUCUUCUUCUCUCUGUCACUUUCUCUCUCUCUCCCUCUUGCUUUUGGUUGUUGAAGGCUGUGACAGUGUUGUGCUUGUCCUUAUUUGCAUCUUCAUGGAUCUUCUAUGAUAUUGUUAAAUAGGUGGAUUAAAAAAAGAAAUAAAAUAAAAUGGUUAUGA